GUAAAAAAGAAAUGCGUAUCGUACAAUCUUCAAUUCCAGGUGAAUAAUUAAAGGGAUCCCAGCGAACGGUGAAAUCCAUUUCGAGAAGAAAAAGUGGAAAAAGGGUAGAGAUCCAGGAAGAAACAAAACAAACCCAAGAAAUCAGAAAUGGGAGAUGGUGAGGGCUGCACGACCGUCCCACUGAUUGAUCUGAACCAGUUUCCAGAUGCACAAGCGUACAAGAAACUGAGGGAAGCAUCUGAGACAUGGGGUUGCUUCAGACUUGUCAACCAUAAGAUCCCAUUGAGUCUGAUGGCAGAGAUGAAGGCUGUGGUCAGAUGUUUGCUUGACCUGCCCAUGGAGAUGAAGAUGCAGAACAAAGAUGUCAUUGCUGGCAGUGGCUACGUGGCACCCAGCAAAGCCAACCCUCUCUAUGAGGCUUUGGGUCUGUAUGACUUGGGAUCAUCUCAGGCGGUGCAUAGCUUUUGCUCUCAGUUGGAUGCUUCUUCCGACCAGAGAGAGGUGAUAGAGAAGUAUGCUCAAGCAGUGUAUGAGCAGUGUGUUGAUAUAGGGCGCAAGUUGGCAGAGAGUUAUGGACUGGUUGAUAGCGAUUUUCUCAAGGGCUGGCCCUGCCAGUUUAGGAUAAACAAGUACAACUACACCCCUGAAUCAGUGGGCUCUUCUGGUGUACAACUACACACAGAUUCAGGAUUUCUAACCAUUCUUCAAGACGAUGAAAACGUUGGUGGUCUAGAAGUGAUGGACAAGUCUGCUGCUUUUGUAGCAGUUGAUCCUUACCCAGGCACUCUCCUUAUCAAUUUUGGGGAUGUUGCUCAGGCAUGGAGCAAUGGGAGGUUGUGCAAUGUGAAGCAUAGAGUACAAUGCAGGGAGGCAACUACUCGAGUUUCGAUCGCUACAUUUCUCUUGGGACCCAAGGAAGAAGCAGUUGAAGCUCUUCCGGAAUUUGUGGAUUCAGAGCACCCUCGACUCUAUGUCCCUUUUUCUUAUGAAGAUUAUAGAAAGCUCAGACUAUCCACAAAAAUGAGAGCUGGUGAAGCCCUUGAACUCCUACGCAGUCCAUCCUAAUUGUUGAUAUGAGGCAAAUUGCUCAGCUUGUUAAAUUUAAUUUCCUAGUGAUGGUGUGAUAUGAAAUGUAAUAUUCAUUUAGAGUCAUUAGACGUGUGCUUUGCUUUGCUGAUAACAGGCCACUUCAGUGGCUCUAACUCUGCUAUGUGGGUAGAUUAGGCUGUAAAUUAAGCCUAAUUAUGUUGAAUUUGGAGUAUCAAAUGUGUGAUGGUGAAGUGUUGAUACAA